AUGCCUCACUUCGCGCAGACCUUUGCCCUGCUCACCACCCUGGGCGCUGCCGCCGUCUCGGGCGGCCCGGUUGUCAAGCGCGAGCAGCCCACCGGGAGCGGGCCCCUGUCCGUCUACAACACCCGCAUCAAGUAUGGCCUUCCCAUCCCGCCCGAGCUGGCCGUCACCGUCAAGCGCGCCGGCGUCGAGACCUCGACGCUAGACAAGAGGCAACUGCUAGAGGCGCUGCAGCAGCAAGAUCAGAAACAACAAGCACAACCGCAGAGGAACCAACAUGGACGCGUCUCGGCCGUCCCCACCAGGAACAACACGGAAUGGGUGUCCAAGAUCGAGAUCGGCACCCCGCCGCAGGUCCUGACCGUCCAGCUCGACACGGGCUCGGCCGAGCUCUGGGUGUUUGCCGACGCGCACCCGACCGCCAAGGCCGCCGGCCACAGCGUCUACAGUCCCUCGCUCAGCUCCAACGCCUCGCUCAUCCCCGACAUGGCUUGGAACAAGAGCUACGCCGGAGGGGACGGCGCGUCCGGCAGCGCAGUCUACAACGACGUGGUCCGCGUCGGGGACGUCGUCGCGCAGUCGCAGGCCGUCCUCCCCGCGACCGCCGCGUCCGACUCGCUCGUCAAGUCGCCGUACGACGGCAUCCUGGGCCUCAGCCUUUCCAACUACACGUCGACGCUGCCGGCGGACGUCAAGGGCCCGCCCAACUUCUUCACGACGGUCAAGUCGACGCUCCAGGCGCCGCUCUUCGGCGUCGACCUGAAGCAGGACGAGGAGAGCUACUUUGACUUUGGCGCCGUGGCCAUGGACCGCUGCCGCGGCCAGGUCGGCUGGGCGCCCGUGCUGCGCUACCUCGUCAACGGCAACGACUUUGCGCGCUGGAACAUGACGGCGUCCGGGUACGCCGUCGGCAACGUGACGGCCGCCGACCUGAAGCCCGCCUACAUGACCGGCGUCGUCGACACCGGCACCACCCUGCUGUACCUCGACAAGCCCAUCGUGGCCGACUACUACGGCCACGUGCCCGGCGCCCGCUACGACGCCGACUCGUCCGGCUGGGUCUUCCCCUGCGAGCAGGCCAAGCCGCUGCCCGACUUCUCCUUUGGCGUCGGGGACGCCGGCAACGUCGCCGUCAUCACCGUGCCGGGCAAGUACCUCAACUGGGCGCCCAACGACGACGCCAAGAAGGAGUGCUUCGGUGGUCUGCAGGAGGCCUUUGACUACCAAGGAGGCAAGCUUUCUCUGUUUGGUGCCGUGGCCAUGAAGUCGGCCUAUGUGAUCUUUGAGGACAAUCGCCCGGCCGCAGAGCCGAGGAUUGGCUGGGCUCCCAAGGAUCUCAAGCUCUAA